GUAAUUUCUACACCACACCAUUGCCACCCCGUAAAGGCUCUGCGAAGCUUUCCAAAGCUGCAUAGCUCCAGCUAUAGCCACAAACAUCAAUACAAAUACAAGGCAUACGCGACGAUUCAAGCUUCGGCACCAGACGAGGUUUGCUGGGCCUCCAGAGCCCGCGCGACUAAGACCGAAAACGCCCUCAAGAUACGCAAACCACCGCCAAGAUGAGCAGACGCGACUUCCUGUCUAUGCCCGCGCCCGAGAACUAUGUGGCUGGUCUCGGGCGUGGUGCCACUGGAUUCACAACCCGAAGUGACUUGGGUCCGGCGAGAGAGGGUCCUUCGGAGGAGCAGAUGAAGGAGAUGCUGGCGAAGCGCGCCGCUUCUCUGGGACAAGCUGCUCCGUCUGCGUACGGCGUCACAGAGAAGAAAGAAGAAGAAGACGACGAGGCAGACCGCUUUCAAGAUCCCGACAACGAAGUUGGUCUGUUCUCGAGCGGCAUGAACUACGACAAGGAAGACGAUGAGGCGGAUAGGAUCUACCAAGAAGUCGACGAGAAGAUGGACAAGCGACGGCGAGCAAGAAGGGAAGCUCGCGAGCAACAAGAACGAGACGAAUACGAAAAGAACAACCCGAAAAUCCAACUUCAAUUCGCCGACCUGAAGCGUGCGCUCGGCGCCGUUUCCGAAGAAGAAUGGGCAGCGCUGCCAGAGGUGGGAGACAUGACGGGCAAGGCGAAGCGUGCAAGAGAAGCCCGCAUGGCGAACGCACGUUCGUAUGCAGUACCCGACAGCGUCCUGUCAGCGGCGUCCAAGUCUGGAGAGCUCGAGACAUCCAUUGCCACGGACGAUGCAAGUUCGGGCACCAUGACCAACUUCGCCUCCAUCGGUGCUGCGCAGAAGUCGGCCCUUCAAGUCCGACUGGACUCGGCAGCUUCCAACCCCGGCACUCAGACCGCAACGACUUCUGGGACAGCGACCUCGGUCGACCCGAAGGGCUACAUCACGGCCUUGGACAAGAAAGAAAUGCAGGGCGGCGAAGUUCCGGUGGAAGAUAUCAACCGAGCGCGAGUGUUGCUGGAAUCUGCCGUCAAGACGAACGUCACCAAUGGCCCGGGUUACGUCGCGCUGGCACGUCUGGAAGAGGUCGCAGGAAAGCUUCACACGGCAAGGAAAGUCAUUGAAAGGGGGUGUGAAAUGUGUCCAAAGUCAAGAGUCGUGUGGGAGGAGGCUAUCAGGUUGAGCCGCGAGAACGUUCACAACGCCAAGAUCAUCGCAGCGAGCGGCAUCAAGCUCAACCCCAAGGCUAUUGAGCUGUGGAAGGCAGCUAUUGAUCUAGAGCAGACGCCAGCAGCGAGGAAGAAGGUCACCCGACAAGCAUUGGACCACAACCCACAGUCUGUGGAGCUGUGGAAGAUUCUGAUCAACGACACAGAGGAUGUUGAAAAUGUGAAGCUGUUGUUCGCAAAAGCUACAGAUACAGUCCCACUUUCAGAAGAGCUCUGGAUCUCCUACGCACGUGUGAGCGAUGCCGAUGCGGCCCAGCAGGUCCUGAACAAGGCUCGCAAAGCCAUUCCUACUAGCUGGGCGAUUUGGGUGCAGGCUUGCAGACUGCAAGAAGAGCUCGGAAAGGUCGACAUCUGCGACAGGAUUAUGGAACGUGCGGUCAAGGCUUUGAUCAAGGAGAAUGCCAUGAUAAAGCGCGAGGAGUGGCUGGCCCAGGCCGAAAUCUGCGAAGAGGAGGGCGACAGGGUCACUGCAGCCUCCAUCGUGAAGGCGACUGUUGGCUGGGGGCUGGACGAGGACGACGAACGCCGCGACAUCUGGCUUGAAGAUGCAAAGAGCAUCUCCAACCGAGGCCGAUACGAAACUGCGCGAGCCAUCCUCGGACACUGUGUGUCGAUCUUCCCGUACUCAACAACCGUGUGGCACGCGUCUGCCGACCUGGAGAAGCACCACGGAACGACCGAGUCCAUGCUCAGCGUUCUCGAGCGCGCUGUCAACGCUUGUCCAAAGUCAGAAACGCUGUGGUUGCUGUAUGCACGAGAGAGGUGGCAGUCCGGAGACGUCGAAGGCGCUCGGCAAGUUCUAGGCCGCUCUUUCGAACAGCUGCCGGGUAACGAAAACCUGUACACGCGAGCUGUCGACUUCGAAGCGGAUGCCGGUAACUUCGAGCAGGCGCGCAGUUUCCUGAAGGUUGCACGGGAAUCGGCUGCCACGGACCGCAUAUUUAUGAAAUCUGCGAGUCUCGAGCGCCAACUCGGCGACUUCGAAACCGCAAUCGACAUCUGCAACCAGGGCAUCCAGAACUGGCCCGGCAGCUGGAAACUGCACGCCAUCAAAGGCCAAGUCUACGAGCAACUCUCCAAGCUCAAAGAAGCCCAAGAAGCCCUCAGCCUCGGCACCCGCGCCGCCCCCAAAGCGCCCAUGCUCUUCAUCCUGCUCUCGCGCCUGCAAGAGAAAACCGGCGCCGUCGUCAAGGCCCGCUCCACCCUCGACCGCGGGCGGCAGCAGAACCCCAAAAACCCGUCCAUCCUCCUCGAAGCCGUGCGCCUCGAGCGCCGCCGCGGCGAUAUCCCCGCCGCGCAGAAAGUCAUGGCCACGGCCCUCCAGGAGUGCCCGGCCUCGGGCGCCCUCUGGGCCGAGAAGAUCAUGCACCUCGAGCCGCGCACGCAGCGCAAGCCGCGCGCACUCGAAGCCAUCAAGAAAGUCGAAAAGGACCCGCAGCUCUUCGUCGUCGUGGCGCGCAUCUUCUGGGCCGAGCGCCGGCUCGACAAGGCCGCGACGUGGUUCACCAAAGCCGUCGUCCUCGACCCAGACUACGGCGAUGGCUGGGUCUGGUACUACAAGUUCCUCGAGCAGCACGGCACCGAGGACAAGAAGGCCGAGGUCCUGAGUAAGGUCGCGCUGGCUGAGCCGCGCCACGGCGAGGUCUGGCAGAGCGUCAGGAAGGAUCCGAGGAACGUAAGGCUGGGCGUCGAGGACGUGCUGAAGCUCGCGGCGGCGCGCGCGGAGUAGCACCGGUCCUGUCCGGCCAAGUGGAGGGCGGUGUGUAGACACGGUAGACUCGAUAGACGCGGCGCCGCCGGCCCGCAGGAAGAUAUCCUUUGCCAUUGCUCGCAGCCUCCCCGCGUCCAUCCGCGCCCGCCGUGCUUCGUCCCCGUCCCCUGGCUCCAGCAGUGCUCCCG